AUGAGGGUUCGCUGGUCGGUUGUCUUCAGCACAAGUCUGCUUCCGAUUCCGCUGGUCGCCACCGUGUCGUGUGCCGCCGUCGCCCGUUGGCCAGCCCUCGACUACAAAUCGGACCGGGCCUUCUACCCGCUGAUGGUGUCCUUUUCGCGGUAUCCCUUCCACGAUGUGUACGAAACGGUGGCCAGCAUCCCGGCACCAAAACCCCCCGUCCAGCCCCCAGCCAUGGCGGGAAGGGGCGCCGCGCUGUUUGCGAAGGCCCGGGCGAAGUACUUCCCGGGGGCCACAAACCAUCAACGGGAUUGGCGCCAACACCACCAGACCCGACCAGCCAAGAUGCCGACGAAGAGUAUCUGUCACGGACUGAUCUACCUGCCACAGGAGCUGGAAGCGUCCGGACGGAGAAUAUUGCCACCGAAGAUGCGCAAGCUGCUCAAGUACUGUGGGUUUAUCUAG